AUGGGGUGUCUGGAUGCCUGUCGACCGGAAGGCAAAGGGGCCUUGCUAACCCUGGCCUGGAGAAACCGACAGUUUGUUCUAAGGGUUCUACAGGCCUCGGUCGGUACUACAAGUGGAGGAUUGGCACUGGUUGGGGGGUUGGGGUGUGUCGUAGCUGGAGCUGCUCUAAGUGCGUCGGGAUUUCUCGCUCCGGUUGGUGUGCCUCUUAUUGCUGCUGGGGCAGUGGCCAGUAUUCUUGGGGCUGGGGCCACUUUCGGCAGCAGCUCUGCUAUCAAGAGUGCCAAGAAAGAGUAUAAAAGGAUGAAAGAGUGA